AGGACCCAAACAGAGGAGAAACGUCAGUGGCGGUGCGUUGGCUGUCACCUGGAGCAGGAGGAGGAUGAAACCUGCUGGAAAGUGUCCAACGGAAGACUCCGGGGAGCCGGAGCGGAGAGAGACCGAGACUCCGUUCAGCUUCACCCCGCAGCUCGUCCGCCUUCACAAGGACCACGAGCUGUUCGAGGAUGGAGACAUCCACAGACACAUGUACCUGCAGGACCUCUACAUCUCCCAGGAGGACGAGCCCACAACCAGUGUCUCAGAGUUCGCCUGUCACAUCUCCGGCUGCAGCGCUGUCUUCAGUGCUCUGGAGGAGUACGAGCACCACUACAACUCCCUGCACAGGCACGUCUGCUGCUCCUGCCGUCGCUCACUGCCAAGCGCCCGACUCCUUGACAUCCACAUUCAGGAGUGGCACGACUCUCUCUUCACUGUCCUCGCCCAGAGGCAAGACAUGUACCAGUGUUUGGUCGAGGGCUGUGGACACAAGUUCAGGACGAGUAAUCACAGGAAGGAACAUCUGAUAAAAAUUCACAAGUAUCCUCCAGACUUCAGAUUUGACAAAACCAAAAAGGACAGAGGAACCCGAGAGACAAAGAGGCUGCCACAGAAAGACAUCGCCAUGGAGGAAGUGGGCGAUGUGUGUGAGUCCGAGGGUGUGUGCGAGGUUAUGUGCGAUGUGUUGUCCGAGCAGCCUGAGCCUGGAGAGUCCAUGGAGACGCUGGUGGAGGAAGCAGCUGCUCACUUGACAAAGGCUGCCGAUGCUGGGGAGGACGCAGGUCUCUCUGCUGCGGUACACAGCCAAGAGUGUCCGAACAAAGACACACUGAAACCACAAUACUCCUACAGAGUCCCUUCGACCGUGUGCUUUGGUCACGGCUCCAUCCGAGGCUUCAGAGGACGGCGUGGGAGGAGGAAAUGAAACGCCAGACCUGCGCCUUCUGUUUGAUGCUCCUUUUUAAGACUCAAUACCCUUGUCUAUAGUAACGGAAUGUAUUCACUAUCACAUGUGUCUUUAAUGUAUAAUAAAAAUGGCCUUUGCAAAAAAGAA